AUGCCAGUGUCACAAAAGGAGGUCAGUCCUCUCAGCAGCCAUCAAACCAUCGAAUGCAGCAACAGUAAAUCAGAGACUGAGUUGGGUGUUUUAAGAGUUAAAUCUUUCCUUCCUGUUCCUAGAAGUAACGUUACACAGUGUUCCCAGAACACCAAAAGAAGCAGCAGCAGCAGUAAUACAAGGCAAAUAGAAAUACACAACAACUCAAAAAACAAGAUUCGGAACUUACACACAAAAUGA